AGCCGCGGAGGAGUUCCAUCAUCCCCGAUGUAUCUUUCAAGACUCCGUGAUGCCAGAAACUAAAGCGCUCAUUACGCAAGUUCUACAAAGGAUAGAAGAUGUAUCCUUGAUGUGCGAUAAGAGAAUAAUGGCACUAAAGCAGCAAUUGAUCAAACCAGCUAGACCAGUACAAACCGUCACUCCAGAACCAGUCAAACCCUUGCAAUCACUGCCUCAAACUGUAAAGCCCAGCAGAAUUCUCAAAAAAGCCAACACCAUGCCAAAGAUGGAGAUGAGUCCUAUAGAGGGAGAAUCCUCAUCACCGGAAAGCGAGCCUCGAGACAUCGAAGCUUUACGUUUGAAACGCGGCCACGUUUUAGCGGAACUUGUGGAAACUGAGCGAAUCUACGUCACUGAACUUGGUUCGAUCAUUAAAGGUUACAAGAUGGAAAUGGCAAACGAGACAAUGACUCAUUUGAUACCAGCUGCACUGGUGGGCAAAGCGGACGUAUUGUUUGGCAAUUUAGAGGAUAUUUAUAUUUUUCAUGGUGAAACUUUUCUAAAAGACUUGGAGAACUGCAUUUCGAAUACUGAGCUGGUCGCUUUGUGCUUUGUUCAAAGACGCGAAAUAUUCUUUAGAUUGUAUAGUUAUUAUUGUCAAAAUAUUCCGCGAUCUGAGAAAUUGCGCGAACAGAUACAGACCGAACCGCAGUUUCUCGCAGCUUGUCAGCAGAAACUUGGUCACAAGUUGCCGCUUGCUGCCUAUCUUCUCAAGCCCGUUCAACGGAUUACCAAAUACCAAUUAUUGUUAAAGGAUUUAUUAAAGUACAGCGAUGAACCUUCAUACUGCACCGAAUUGCAAGAGGCGCUUGAUUGCAUGUUAGUUGUGUUAAAGUGCGUCAAUGACAGCAUGCAUCAAACUGCAAUAACGGGUUUUGGAGGUGAUCUGAGUGCACAGGGUGAAUUGUUGUUGCAAGGCUCGUUUAGUGUUUGGAGCAGCAGUAAACGGGAGCGACUAUUGCGACUGAAACCAUCUCAACGGCAUAUCUUCUUAUACGAGAAGGCUUUGAUAUUUUGUAAGCAUAGCAAGCCUCAAGCUCACAACAAGGCUACAUACCAUUUUAAAAGAUAUUUGAAGAUGUCUCAGAUUGGUUUGACAGAGUCGGUGAAAGGAGAUGCUAGACGGUUCGAGAUAUGGUUGCAGGGCAGGGCUGAGGUACACACGAUACAAGCGCCCAGUAUCGAUAUUAAGCAAUCCUGGGUACGUCAGAUCAAAGGUGUUCUGAUGUCUCAGUUAGCCGAACUCAAAGGAAAACAGAAUUCGGCUCUUGGAAAAUCCAAUCAUAAGCCGUUGCGACAAACAAUCUCGUGGGAAGCUCAAAGCAGUAUAUCAGGAUCUUUGCGAACACUAUCCGUCGACGGUAACAGCGUUAUCUCGCACAUAACCGAUGUUUCGCAAUCCACGGAGGAGGAUGUGGCAUGGAGUUCGGAAAAUAGCAAUACGGAUGAGGAAGACGCUUUUGGCGAUAAUCCAGGACCGGCACCGGGUGGAAGAUACGUGGCGUUGGCAGAUUAUUGCGCGGUGGGACAGUCGGAAGUCACGAUGCGCGAGGGUGAUACCUUGGAACUUCUAAAAGUCGGCUGUGCUGGCUGGUGGUUUGUCAAACUGAUCGGCACUAGCAUGGAAGGCUGGGCGCCCGCGGCGUACCUGGAACCGAUUAGUCGCAAAACGUCACGCAGUUCGCAGUCGGUCAACAGUCAAGAGGCUAUAUGAAACAGGCGACUAACACACUAGAGAGCUUGCUAGUGUGUUAGAGCUUUGCUUAUCUCAAGCUUGAGAUUGCCAGUUGUAUUGUUGUAUUGAGAAACAUUUACUGUUGAAAACGAUGAGGCAAAUCGCAGUUCGGUCAAAGAUCAAAUUUUCACCGACUGCUGACGCUGAUGCACGCAUACAUUCG